GGUGCUUAGGUUCCCGGAAGUGGCGCCCAGGGUCAGUGUGUACUUCGGUUUCCGAGGUGGGCUUUGGGUCUAGUGUUCCCGGGCGCGAUGAGCUCCUUCCAGGGACAGAUGGCGGAGUAUCCAACCAUCUCCAUUGACCGCUUUGACAGGGAGAACCUGAAAGCCCGUGCCUACUUCCUUUCGCACUGCCACAAGGAUCACAUGAAAGGAUUGAGGGCUCCUUCCUUGAAAAGAAGGCUGGAAUGCAGCUUGAAGGUCUUCCUGUACUGUUCUCCAGUCACUAAGGAGCUAUUGUUAACUAGCCCGAAGUACAGAUUUUGGGAAAACAGAAUUAUAGCAAUUGAAAUUGAAACUCCUACGCAGAUAUCUUUAGUUGAUGAGGCAUCGGGUGAGAAGGAAGAGGUUGUUGUGACUCUCUUACCAGCUGGUCACUGCCCAGGAUCAGUUAUGUUUUUAUUUCAGGGCAGUAAUGGAACUGUCUUAUACACAGGAGACUUCAGACUGGCAAAAGGAGAAGCUUCUAGAAUGGAGCUUCUGCACUCUGGGGACAGAGUAAAAGACAUCCAAAGUGUGUAUUUAGACACGACUUUCUGUGACCCAAGGUUUUAUCAGAUCCCGAGCCGUGAGCAGUGUUUGAGAGGGAUUUUGGAGCUGGUUCGGAGCUGGGUCACUAGGAGUCCACACCACGUCGUGUGGCUGAACUGUAAAGCAGCUUAUGGCUACGAGUAUUUAUUCACCAACCUAAGUGAGGAGCUGGGAGUCCAGGUUCAUGUGGACAAGCUGGACAUGUUUAAAAACAUGCCUGAUAUCCUGCACCAUCUCACAACGGACAGAAACACCCAGAUCCACGCCUGCCGCCACCCAAAGGCAGAAGAGUGUUUUCAGUGGAAUAAACUACCCUGUGGUAUAACUUCCCCAAACAAAACUGCACUCCACACAAUCAGCAUCAAGCCAUCUACCAUGUGGUUUGGAGAGAGGACCAGAAAAACCAACGUGAUUGUUAGGACUGGAGAGAGCUCAUACAGAGCUUGCUUCUCUUUUCACUCCUCCUUCAGUGAGAUUAAAGAUUUUUUGAGCUACAUCUGCCCAGUGAAUGCGUAUCCAAAUGUCAUCCCGGUCGGCCUCACUGUGGAUAAGGUCAUGGAUGUUUUAAAGCCUCUGUGCCGGUCUCCCCAAAGUACUGAGCCAAAGUACAAACCGCUUGGAAAAUUGAAGAGAGCCAGAACAAUCCGUCUUGACUCAGAGGAAGAUGAUGAUCUCUUUGAUGACCCUCUACCGACACCUUUAAGGCACAAAGUUCCGUACCAGCUAACUCUUCACCCUGAGCUGUUUUCAAUGAAGGCACUGCCACUAGACCAGCCUGAACUGAGACAAAGCUCAGGAGGCUGCAAAGCAGAGAGUGUGUGGAGCCCUUCUUUGGCUAACUUCAUAGACUGUGAAGAAUCCAACAGCGACAGUGGAGAAGAGCUAGAAACCCCACCAUCCUCACUGCAGGGAGGUCUGGGCCCCUCGACACUCCUCCAGCAAAAUGCUGAUCCGGAUGUGGACAUACCACAGUGGGAAGUCUUCUUCAAAAGAAAAGAUGAAAUCACAGAUGAAUGUUUGGAAAACUUACCUUCCUCCAUAGAGACAGGGGGAUCUCAGUCACCAAAGCUCUGCAGUGACUCACCAAAGCUCUGCAGUGACUCUGAUGGAGACUCCACCCAUAUCUCUUCCCAGAAUUCAUCUCAGUCAACCCAUAUAACAGAUCAAGGAAGUCAAGGCUGGGACAGCCAGUGUGAUACUGUUUUGUUAUCUUCCCAAGAGAAAAGUGGUGGGGAUAGUGCCUCUUUAAACAAGAGCGCCUACAAACCAAAAGUCAAAGAGAGUAUUUCUGCCUCUCAAACAGAACAGGAUGCACUGUGUCCACAAGACACUCACUGUGAUUUGAAAAGCAGAGCUGAAGUAAAUGGAGCCCCUUGUAUUGUAGAACUAGACACCUUGAGUGGCAGGAAGUCUCCACCUGAGAAGACAUUGCUAAGCAGCACACAUACAGACUCACAGAGCUCCUCUGACUUUGAAAUUCCCUCAACUCCAGAAGCUGAGCUUCCUACGCCAGAGCAUUUGCAGUGCUUAUAUGGAAAAUUGGCAACAGGUCAAAGUAUAGUUUUGAAAAAAGAAAAUGUUCACUUUCAGAUAGUUAAGAAAUAAAACUCUCUCUACACAGAGAAACCCUGUCUCAAAAAACCAAAACAACAACAACAAAAAACCCUCUCAUUCUAGCAAAGAUGUCCAGCCUUUUGAUGUUGCAAUACAAUGCUAUACAUAAAAGUCCUGGGCAAUAUUCAUAGCUGUGGAUGUAUGUGGCCUGGAGGGUAGACACACUUGUUAGAUCAACCACAAGAAACCUAGAGAGUGACACGUCUGUAUAAUAAGAUCAACAUGAAGUAUUAAAGGAUGCUCAAGUGACCUAAAAGAAAGAGAAACAGGCUCAAAACCAGCAUUGCAUGAGAUGGUAGAACUAAAUCUAAACAUAUAAUCACAUUAAAUGCAAAUGAUAUAAAAAGACAGAGUACAGGAAAAACACUGCCCAACUAUGUGCUGUUUUUAGAAAACACAACUCAAGUGAUGUAAAAGUUGAAGGUAAAGGGCAGACCACGUAAAUAAUGUUAAAGAAAGCCAGAAUGAUACAGUAGGAGCAGACACCUUCCCCAACGUAAUGUCUACCUCACCAAGAAGAUGCAAUGGUAAGGCUCUUGCCUAGAAUGUAUGAAGGCCUAGCUGCAGUUCCCAGUACAGUGCAGUACAGUGCCGUUCCUUCCACAAGAGAGAAAAUAAUACAGAUACAAACCAUGGAACAGGCUUUCCUAGAGAACCAGUGCACACAGGAAAGCAGUAAGACAAGAACUGACCACCAGCAACUGGAUCUGAUAGACAAGAGUAUUUUACUUCAUAGCAGAAUACAUCUCUUCAAAUGCACAAGGACCAUUCCUCCACCAAGAUACACUGUAUCUUGAAUCACUACAAGCAGUCUAGAAAAAUAAAGGUGGGAUCUAUUAUAGUAAACUGAUAGCAGGGGGUAAACCAGGACCUUAUUAACCUCUAUCACAUAAAGACCUGGGGGGCAGGGCUGGAGCAGUUUAGAGCACUUGUCGGUUUUGUGGGUUACCCAGGUUUGGUUCCCUAUACCCAU